AGCGCGAUAGCCUGGCCGCAGAAGCAGUCGGCAACAUUGCAAAUAACGCGUGGUUAUUAUUACGCUGUUCGCUGGAGGCUGUUGCCCUGUGUCCGUGCGAGGCUCGAGCAGCUGGGCUAGGCAAAGGCCCAGGGCGACUAUGUGGGGGCCCCCGGCGAGGUCCGUGGCAGCGGAGCUCCUCCGCCGGGUGUCAGGCGGAGCCCGGUCGGCCACAGCGGCCGCGUCCUGCCGCGGCGGGGCUUCGGGCAAGAACUGGAGGAGACCCGGCGGGUUUGACACCGGCGUGACGACUUUCAACAGCCUGACCAAACAGAAAGAGCCGCUCAUUCUGGCAAGAGAGGGAGUAGCUACCUGGUACAGCUGUGGCCCCACCGUGUACGACCACGCCCACCUGGGCCACGCAUGCUCGUACGUCAGGUUCGACGUCCUGCAGCGGGUUCUGUCCAGGCUCUUCGGGGUCACCGUCAUCCACGCCAUGGUGGUCACCGACAUCGACGACAAAAUAAUCCGAAGAGGCUGGGAGGAAAACGUGUCUCCAACCAUCAUUGCCAGAAUGUACGAGGAGGGAUUCAAGAGGGACAUGCUGUCAUUAAAGGUUAUUCCCCCUGCUGUGUAUCUAAGAGUCACCGAGAACGUGCGUCACAUCAUCGCCUUUAUCGAAGGGAUCAUCAAAAAUGGACACGCCUAUGCAACAAAGGAAGGCGACGUGUAUUUCGACAUCCAGUCCAUCGGGGAUAGAUACGGCAAGUUCGCGGGAGCUCAGGAUUCUCAGGGAGAACCCGGCAGCUCAAACAAACGAGACUCGAGGGAUUUUGCUCUGUGGAAGCGGUCCAAACCUCAGGAACCCUACUGGGAAUCUCCGUGGGGCAGAGGAAGACCCGGCUGGCACAUUGAAUGCUCUACCAUCGCCAGCGGUGUGUUUGGGAGGCAGCUGGACAUCCACUCCGGAGGCAUCGACCUGGCCUUUCCUCACCACGAGAACGAGGUCGCUCAGAGUGAAGCCUAUCACCAGUGUGGGCAGUGGGCCAACUACUUCCUCCACUCAGGACACUUGCACCUAAAAGGCAGCGCUGAGAAAAUGUCCAAAUCAUUAAAGAACUACAUCACCAUCAAGGAUUUCCUGCAGUCGUACUCUGCCAAUGAAUUCCGGAUGUUUUGUCUUUUGACGAAAUACAGAUCAGCGAUAGACUACAGCGACGGCAGCAUGUCGGAGGCUCGGGCCUCCCUGGGAACCGUCUCCACCUUCCUCCACGACGCUCAGGCCUACAUGAAGGGCCAGCUGCAGUGCUCCGCCAUACAGGAAGCUUCUCUCUGGGAAAGGUUGGCUGAGACCAAAUCGGGCGUGGUGAAAGCCUUGGCGGAUGACUUUGACACGCCGAAGGCCAUCGGUGCCGUGAUGAAUCUGGUUUAUCAUGGAAACCGCCAGCUGCAGCCCGUGUCUACACCGGAUGGAGGGGCUCGGAGCCCCGCGGUGUUUGGAGCGAUGGUCAGCUACAUGCGAGAAGUCCUGGACGUGUUUGGGAUCGACCUGCUGCACAGUGAGGCUGAUGCGGCGAGUAGCCAUGGAAAUUUCCAGGGCGUCGUGGAGCAGCUGACUCGUUUCCGAAGUGACGUCAGAGCGGUUGCACUUGCUCAUCGGAGCGAUCCGACCACUGCAUCCCUCAGAAACCCUCUCCUCAAGGCCUGCGACACCCUCAGAGACGACCUGGCACCGCUGGGUGUUUUGAUAAAGGAUAGAGGAGUUGCCUCGACGUGGGAGAUAACUGAGGGAAAACAGAGAGGACAGCGAGUCUGUGAUGAAGAGACGUCCAGCUGACAUGGACUCUUUUUAGGAUGGUGGACUUUAUUUACAUUCAUCGAUUCAUCACUGUCAAGGUGUAAUAAAUUCCAACUUAAUUCUAUGUUUAUAUAAUGGGGUUUGGUAUGAAAGCCCACUCCCCUUCCACGUGGACCCCCACCGUGACGACAGGACUGUUGAGCUGCUGUGUGUAUGAUGGAGCCAGUACUUCCCUCUUUGACAGACUGUCUCACAACCUGCCUGUCUGUCUGCUGCUUUUAAACAGUGUCAACCGCUGCAUUGCACACACACACACAAGAAAUGUGAGUCGUAUGUUGUUUGCAGCAGCGAUGCUCAACCUGGCAGUUGCAAGAUGAUUUCUGGGGUUCGCCACUUGCCAGAUGGUUGGGGAGAAAAGAUAUUAUAUAUUCUAAAACAAAUGAAUAAAUAGGAGACUGCUAAUUGUUUUUACAUUAAAUUGAUAAGUGAAAAGA